CGAAACGGCAUGCUAGCUGAAGUCGACGAGGAGGUUGUAAACAUUUGAGUUUUCCCGAGGAGACUGAACACACAUGGCACCAACAGAUCAAAAAACGAAGAAUGAGAAGUUUGCAGGGAAAGAGGGUGACUUGGCGAAAACAAAAAAUGGCGCGAAGGGUGUCAAAAAGAAAAGAAAAUGGAUCUCCGAUCAGAAAUUAUUCAAAGGCAGCGUAAAAGAAGGUCAAGGAUUUGCUUUCAACAGGAAGCAGAAAGUCAAACAUGAAUACAACAAACUGCUGCGAAAGGAGAAGAAGAAGAACCCGGGGUCCAAAAACCUCUACAAAGAAGAGUAUCCAGAACACCUCAGGCAUCUGUACGAGGCAGAGGCAGAAAAACUGAAGAAAGAAGCCUGGACGAACAGAGUGAACAGGAGUAAGCUGAGGAUGAAAGGGCAGGCGAAAGAGAUGGGGGAAAGUGAUGAAGAGGAUGAUGAUGAGGCACAGCAGACCAAGGCAGCUGGUGAAGAAGAAGUUAGUGGGGGAUCUGAGGUGAAAGAGUCAGUGUCCGGGAACCAAGCUGAGCCAACAUCAGCUUCACAGAGCGAAAGUCUUCCAAUGAGCAAUCGCAUGAGAAAAAAAAUGGAGAGGAAAAACUCUUACCAGAAGACAAAUGAAGAAUUUGAGAGGAUCCAAGAGAAGCGGAGAAAGAAGAAAGAGGAGUACUUGAAGAACAAGCAACAGAGAGAAGAGGCCAUCCAGAAGUACAAACAGAAAAAGAUGGAGACAUUCCAGAUCCUAAACAAAAAGACCAAGAAAGGACAGCCAAAUCUAAACCUCCAAAUGGAAUAUUUACUUCAGAAGAUACAAGGAACUGGGAAAUGACUCCUCCUCAGAACUGAAUGCCAGUAGAGGACUUUACUUAAAACCUCAUAGGCUGAAUCAAGGUUGCGAUUUUCUGUGCAAAAUCAAAGUGGAAACUUGUGGUUGUUUUGAUCGUAAAUUACUUUGAGAUAUAUAUUGUGAUUUCACAGUAUUAUUUGCUCUGACCACUGAAAGUCAUUGUACUGUCCAACCACAAGAUGGCAUCAUAAGAAAUGAAGUGAUGACAGAGCAUGCUUUUAUUUUUAAAAAUAAAUAAAUAUAUAAUUUCCAAUAAUGUGCUUUUAUUUUGAAAUAAGCCAUAAA